AUGCUGCUCGUGGCAGGGCUGGCUGUUGUCUUUGCCCUGAACAUCUCCGCACCCGUGGUCAGGUCAGCAGGCGGCAAGACGUGCUUCAUCAUGCUGGGCGCGCUGGCCUGCGCCUGCAGCAGCUUCUUCUGCUACUUUGGCGAGCCCGCCAGGCUCACGCGCGUGGUGGGUCUCCCGCUGUUCUCCAUCAGUUUCACCGUUCUGCUCUGGCGUGUCACGACUCGCUCCUUCCAGAUCGUCUGCAUCGCCAAGCCCAGCAGGAAGCGGCCUGCCCCCUGCGAGGCCUGGACGAGGCGCAGGGGGCCCGCGCUGCUCAUCGGCGGGCAGGGGGACAGCGACGCCGACUACGUUCCCGAGAAAAAGCCCCCGAGGACCAAAAAGAAACCAAACUCGGGGAAAAAGCCCGGCAGUUCCGAGAGGGCCGGGAAGCCGGAACUGCUCGAGGCGGGGACGCCGGGGAGCAGAAAAGGUACAGCUGUGCCGGUUGAAUGCCCCACAUGUCAUAAAACGUUCCUCAGCAAAUAUUAUCUAAAAGUACACAACAGGAAACACACUGGAGAAAAGCCAUUUGAAUGUUCCAAAUGUGGUAAAUGUUAUUUUAGAAAAGAGAAUCUGCUGGAACACGAAGCUAGGAAUUGCAUGAACCGAUCUGAGCAGGUUUUCACGUGUUCCGUCUGCCAAGAGGUAUUUAAGAGGCGAAUGGAAUUGCGGCUGCACAUGGUGUCACACACGGGGGAAAUGCCGUAUAAGUGCUCCUCCUGUGCACAGCAGUUCAUGCAGAAGAAGGACCUGCAGAGUCAUAUGAUAAAGUUACAUGGUGCACCAAAACCACAUGCGUGCUCGACCUGCUCCAAGUGCUUUCUGUCUCGGACAGAGCUGCGCUUGCAUGAGGCGUUCAAGCACCGGGGAGAGAAGCUGUUUGUCUGUGAAGAGUGUGGGCACAGAGCCUCGAGUCGCAAUGGCUUGCAGAUGCACAUCAAGGCUAAGCACAGAAACGAGCGGCCCUAUGUUUGUGAGUUCUGCCAUCACGCCUUCACCCAGAAAGCCAACCUCAACAUGCACCUGCGCACGCACACCGGCGAGAAGCCGUUCCAGUGUCACCUCUGCGGCAAGACUUUCAGGACACAAGCAAGCCUGGACAAGCACAACCGGACCCACACAGGGGAGCGCCCCUUCAGCUGCGAGUUCUGUGAUCAGAGGUUCACGGAGAAAGGGCCCCUCCUGAGGCACAUCGCGAGCAGACAUCAAGAAGGAAGACCCCACUUCUGCCAGAUCUGUGGGAAAACGUUCAAAGCUGUUGAACAGCUGCGUGUCCACGUUCGCAGACACAAGGGAGUGAGGAAGUUUGAAUGCACUGAAUGUGGCUACAAAUUUACGCGACAGGCUCACUUGAGGCGCCACAUGGAGAUUCACGACCGGGUUGAGAACUACAAUCCGCGGCAGCGGAAGCUACGAAACCUGAUCAUCGAGGAUGAGAAGGCCGUGGUGGUGGCGCUGCAGCCGCCCCAGGAGCUGGAGGUGGGCUCGGCCGAGGUCAUCGUGGAGUCCCUGUCCCAUGGCUCCCUGGCCGAGGAGGUCCCUGUGCAGAGACUCUGUUCAAACGAGAACUUCUCUACAGCGGAUGUUAUCGAACAAUCGCUUAUCAUAACAACAACAAUUCCUGAAGACUGUGAAACAUAACGUGACUCUUUGUAUACAUCCUUCCUACCGAAAGACAAUAAAGCAUUAGGCUGGAAUGACUCUUUGCUAUGCUUGGUCUUUUCAGCCCUCAGAAGCUUUGAGUUGCAUCGAGCCCCCUUCUCUCCUCCUGUACAAAGAUCAGGUUGCAGGGAACGUUUCUAAUGACGUUGUAAUCGGGUAUCAAAUGAAGAAACAAUUACAAAGCUACUAGGAAUUACGACUUACGCUAAAUGUAUGUACAGUGUAUGAGACUGGAUGUGAUCGAUGACUCCAUAUACGUAAUACUGUGAAUUGCUUUUUAGUAAGCUGUCAUCUGUGACCAGACGGGAUGGAUGGCUCACCUCUGAUUUUUUUCAGAUUGCUAGUUCUUACUUUGCUCAGUUAGCUCUAAAUUUGAGUCUGGAAACUUGUGAUUAAAGCAUACCUUCCAGGAGACA